UGCCGGCGAGCGGCGGGAGAUGCUGGAGGUUCGCGAGCCGAAGUGGCUGCAGCUGGCGCCGCGUCUGCCCCGCGUGCCCGGAGCGGAUUCUGCCCGCCGCCCCCGUAGCCCUCGGCGCCCCCACUGAACCCGCGAUCGCAUCCUCCCUGUGACCGACCAGCGCUGCAGGUGCGGGCUCAGAGCCCGGCAAUGCCGUUUGGGUGUGUGACUCUGGGCGACAAGAAGAACUAUAACCAGCCAUCGGAGGUGACUGACAGAUAUGAUUUGGGACAGGUCAUCAAGACUGAGGAGUUCUGUGAGAUCUUCCGGGCCAAGGACAAGACAACAGGCAAGCUGCACACCUGCAAGAAGUUCCAGAAGCGGGAUGGCCGCAAGGUGCGGAAGGCAGCAAAGAACGAGAUAGGCAUCCUCAAGAUGGUGAAGCAUCCGAACAUCCUGCAGUUGGUGGAUGUGUUUGUGACUCGCAAGGAGUACUUUAUCUUCCUGGAGCUGGCCACGGGGAGGGAGGUGUUUGACUGGAUCCUGGACCAGGGCUACUACUCGGAGCGAGACACGAGCAACGUGGUGCGGCAGGUCCUGGAGGCAGUGGCCUACCUGCACUCACUCAAGAUCGUGCACAGGAACCUCAAGCUGGAGAACCUGGUUUACUACAACCGACUGAAGAACUCAAAGAUCGUCAUCAGCGACUUUCACCUGGCUAAGCUAGAGAAUGGCCUCAUCAAGGAGCCCUGUGGGACCCCCGAAUACCUGGCCCCAGAGGUGGUAGGCCGGCAGCGGUAUGGACGCCCUGUGGACUGCUGGGCCAUUGGAGUCAUCAUGUACAUCCUGCUUUCAGGGAAUCCACCUUUCUAUGAGGAGGUAGAGGAAGAUGACUAUGAGAACCACGACAAGAAUCUCUUCCGCAAAAUCCUGGCUGGCGAUUAUGAGUUUGACUCUCCAUACUGGGAUGACAUUUCACAGGCAGCCAAAGACCUGGUCACAAGGCUGAUGGAGGUGGAGCAAGACCAGCGGAUCACUGCAGAAGAGGCCAUCUCCCAUGAGUGGAUUUCUGGCAAUGCUGCUUCUGAUAAGAACAUUAAGGAUGGUGUCUGUGCCCAGAUUGAAAAGAACUUUGCCAGAGCUAAGUGGAAGAAAGCUGUCCGAGUGACCACCCUCAUGAAACGGCUCAGGGCCCCAGAGCAGUCUGGCACGGCUGCAGCCCAGUCUGCUCCAGGCACAGACACUGCCACCCCUGGGGCUGCAGGCGGGGCCACGGCUGCAAGUGCAGCUGCCUCAGCCCUUGGGGGCAGUGCCACCCCAGCCACAGCGGGUGAUGCUACAAAGAGCGAGAACGUGGCCCCCGCCGACCGUAGUGCCACCCCAGCCACAGAUGGCAGUACCACCCCAGCCACUGACGGGAGCGUCACCCCAGCCACCGAUGGGAGCAUCACCCCAGCCACCGAUGGGAGUGUCACCCCAGCCACUGACAGAAGUGUUACUCCAGCCACUGAUGGGAGAGCCACACCAGGCGUGGAAGAGAGCACCGUGCCCACCACCCAAAGUAGUGCCACACCGGCUGCCAAGGCUGUUGCCACCCCUGAGCCGGCUUUGACCCAGCCGGACAGCACAGCCCCAGGGGGCGCAACAGGCCAGGCUCCACCCUCUAGUAAAGGGGAAGAGGCUGCUGGCUGUGCCCAGGAGUCUCGGAGGGUGGAGACCAGCUGAGGGGGCAGGCUGUGGGGGGCGGGGGAUGGGCAGGAGGGUGGGAGAGUGGAUGAGGGGCUUCUCACUGUACAUAGAGUCACUGGCAUGAUGCCCUCGCUCCCCCCCCGCCCCUGCCUCCCAGCAUGGGGCAUGUCUGGGGGCCGCAGGAGACCAGUCUCAUCUCCUGUGUGUAUGUGCGUGAGUGAUGGGCAGGCCAGAGGCGGGACCAGCCCUAGCCCCUGCAUGGAUUCCUUGUGGCUUUUUCUGUCUUUUGCUAGCUUCAUCAGUUUCUGUUUCUUGUGGGAUGCUGCUCUAGGGAUACUCAGGAGGUCCCUGCUCCCCUGCCCCCCUCCCCUCUCUGCCUCACAGUUCCCCCCCACCCAGGCAGGCCCUGAAGGUCCCAUCCUCUCCCAGGCCCUAAAUUGGGUGGCCUUGCCCUGAGAGCUGGUCCUCCAGCGAGGCCCUGUCAGCGGUCUUAGGCUCCUGCACAUGAAGGUAUGUGCCUGUGGUGUGUGGGCUGCUCUAGGAGUGGAAACAGGCUGAUAUAGAGAAUGCUGUAAUCUCGGGCAGAAUGCUUUAAGACAAGAUGGGUCACAUGGCUGGGGGCGCUGCUUGGUAGCCAUGGGGGUCCUCAGGAGUGAAAGAGAAUGAGUUGG